CCCCCCCCCCCCCCCCAAUCACGAUUCACUUCAGCACUCCAGUCUUCACGAAUCACAAACUGCUCUUCACGAAAACUAACCCUAGCCGCACGAACCCUAGCCCCACGAUCACAGCCGCAGCCGCACUGCCCCAGCCCGUGGUAGGCAACUGUAUAUCAAGCUCCUGAUCUCUUGUUGAAGUUCACCUAAUAUUCAGUAUCUUUUUUUUAGAUUAUCUCAUGGGAUUAAUUCAUCAAGAAAGGGUUUAGUAAGAUCUCAUCAUUUUUAGAGCUUGGCCUAAAAGAUCACGUCUAAAUACUGGAAACUUUCAUGAGCUCUAGUUUUCGAUUCCUACUGAAGAUUUACUCAUGAAGAAGUUAUUCUUUUUCAAAUCAUCUGCAUCUUGCAAUGGAAACAACAAUGGGUUUCCUCCAGCAUCAACAGAUAAGCAAGUUUAUUGGGAGAAACCAUUGGAAAGUGGCGGGAGAAGUCAAAAUAAUGACAAAGCUGAGAAUAGUUUUAGGAGUCCUAGGCCAUUGUUUCCCAAAUCUCAAAAGCAAGCAUCUGAUUGCCAGAGCUCCAAUACCGGUUCAGGUCUUAGAAGGAGCCGCUCGUUGUCAUCGGCUGCCUUUGGUGAUGGGCCUGGACAAACUGAUUUUUCUUGCUUGAAUGAUCGAAAUAGAUAUCCUUCUAGUAAUACCAGCAGUGCUCUACAUCAGCAACGUGAUCAUUUAUCUCGUGGUCGGACUAUUACUCCUGAGAGGCAACACAAGGCAAAACGACUUGAAGAUCCAGCUUUUCAAAAUGUACACAGAUCAGAGAGGCCCGGCUCUUCUGGUUCUUCUAGAACCUAUAAUGACUCGUCAUCUAUUAGCUCUAGUAAUAUUUCAAGUAAGAUUGUGGACCGCUACAUCGAUGGAGAGCAGCAGCAGGAAAGAAGCAGGACCAAUAACAGUUCUCAAAAAAAUUAUGCUGGACAUAAUGGGAGGCUUUCCCCACGGGUUCAUUAUGCAGCACCUACUUCACCAGCAGAUAGCAUCAAAGACAAACCAAGGGCUUGUUCAUUUAGGGAAUUUAAAAGUUCCCGUCUUCAGUUAUCACAUAAAGAUUGGGCAGAAAAUGGAUUUGGGCAUGAAUCUCCACGGAGACUUGCGAAGAAUGUUAUUGAGAGACUCUCCCAGUCUAAUGGUUUCCCCAAAACAGUUUCAAAGGAGUUUGAUACUCCAAUUACGAUUGAGGAUAUUUAUGGUAGAUCCUUGGAUGGCUGCUUUGGUUCAAACUCGGAUGUGGCUGCCCAAAAAAGUUCUCUGUUGGAUGAAUUGCAUGAAACAGUUAACGGGUAUCAUGUAGAGGAUAACUCAGGGUUCCAAAGAUGGAACCAUUUUCAUGGUGGAACAAGUGAGGAUGUGAAUUCUGAUGAAAUCGAAGAUGACAUUGAUGCAGAACUACAAAGAAGAUCCAGAGAAGCGGAGGAGAGGGUCAUGCUUCUUUCUGGAGAACUCGAGCAAGAAAGCUUUAUUCAAGAUGGUGAAUUUGAUGCAUCAAUGUUGAUUCGAACAAUUAGAAACCUAACAGAGCAGAGGAUAAACUUAGCACUUGAGGUUUCAAGCCUUUUACAGUCACAAAUGGCUGAGAGGGCUUCCGCAAGGGAAGAACUCAGAUGUGCAAAUGCAGAAUUGGAGUCUCAAACCCGAAGACUCGAGAAGGAGAAGAAUGAGUUGCAGUGUGGACUGGAAAAGGAGUUAGAUAGAAGGUCGAGUGACUGGUCAUUCAAGCUUGAGAAAUUUCAGUCAGAAGAGCAGAGGCUUCGUGAGCGAGUUAGAGAGCUUGCAGAGCAUAAUGUCUCACUUCAAAGGGAAGUUUCUUCUUUUAAUGAGAGAGAAAGAGAGAGCAGGAUCACAGUGACAAAUUCAGAGCAGCAACUUAAGGACCUGAGUACAGAGGUGAUAGACAUAAAAGAUGAAAACCAAGUUUUACGACAGAAGCUCUCUGAAUUUCAAGAGAAGUAUAGAGCAGCAGAAGAAGAUCGGGUUUUCAUUCAGAACAAUUUUGAAGAGAAGGAGAAAGAAUGCAAAGGGUUGCACAGAUCUGUUACAAGAUUACUAAGGACUUGCUGUGAACAAGAGAAGACAAUUGAUGGCUUGCGAGAAGGCUUUAGCGAAAAACUUGGGGGGAAUCAAACAGCGGAGAAGUCUGAUAAGCAUGUGGCUAAAUUACAGUCAGAACAAAUGAGGUUGACAGGGGUAGAACUUGCUUUGAGAAGGGAAUUAGAAUCUUGUAGGCUUGAAGUUGAUUCUCUUCGACAUGAGAAUAUGAACUUAUUAAACCGCUUAAAAGGUAGUGGGAAAGAAAAUGUUGCUUUAACUUUCAGGCUAGAUAAGGAGUUGUGGACCUGCAUCCGUUGCUUACAGAAUCAAGGGCUAUCAAUGCUAAAUGAGAGCACCCAGUUAUGUUCAAAGAUGUUGGAAUUCAUCAAAGGGAAAGGAGGCCAACCUCUACCAGAUGGUAAGCAGUGGGUGGAAGUUAUCAAGAAUGGUUUGGAUUCACAAUUUGUUGUUGAAACUGAGGUGAGAGUUCAGGGAUUUAAGCGGGGAACUGAGAACCUAGCAAGGAGUUUGCAGGUGAUGUCUACUUUGUUGCAUAAGAAGUCCAUUUCACCUGCUUCUAAAUUACAGCCACAGUGUGUUGAUGCUGAUGGAUCAGUGACGCCAAAUGAUCAAACUUCAGAUGAUGCAAUAAGAUCUGAGCUUAAAGCAGAAGCUUUGCUGACCAGUCUGUUAAGAGAGAAGCUUUAUUCUAAAGAGCUGGAAGUUGAGCAGUUGCAAGCUGAACUAGCAACAGCAGUAAGAGGCAAUGAUAUCCUCAGGUUUGAAGUUCAAAAUGCAAUAGACAACCUUUCCUUUGUCACUCACAAGUUGAAGGAUCUUGAACUUCAGAUGCUGAAGAAGGAUGAAAACAUAAAUCAGCUUGAAAAUAACCUCCAAGAAUCUCUGAAGGAAUUAACGAUUAUGAGAGGGAUAUUGCCGAAAGUUUCAGAAGAGAGAGAUUUGAUUUGGGAGGAAGUGAAGCAAUACAGCGAGAAGAACAUGCUAUUGAACUCUGAGGUUAUUGCAUUGAAGAAGAAGAUAGAGGCACUUGAUGAGGAUGUACUUCUGAAGGAAGGUCAGAUCACAAUCCUGAAAGACACCAUAGGGAAAAAACCUUUUGACCUUCUUGCCAGCCCUGACUCUUUGCAAGAUUUUCUGCUGGAAUGAUUGCGAGAAAGCUAUGCUGGAUUUUUCUUUAAGGUGAAUAACCACACUGUUCAUAGUCCUAUACUUUGUGCUUUGAGGCUGCUCUUUUGUACAUUUUCUUUUCUUUUCCUUUUACUUGAGUGAAGGUUAUGAUAAUGAGUAAAAGAAACAUACUGUGAUUCUUUUGUGAUUGGCCAGUUCACAUAAUUGUAUGUAGUUUGUUUUGGAGCUUAGCAAUACCAGAGGAAUGUCUUUGCAACCCUUUCUGAUGUAGCUUUUGAAUUCAAUGGAAUCUCUUGGAAGAAUGCUUUUCCCCCUUGUGUUGGUUAAA